AUGUGGUGUCAACAGAAAGAUCACCGUCAGCCCCCUGAGAAGGGGAGAUCCGAGCAAGGACAGGAGGGGAGUGGGAGAGCUGGCCAUGAGUACCUGGGCAGACGGCUGAGCGGUGCAAGGCCCCUAAGUGAGGAGUGUGCCAUGCAAGCGGAGAAGAGCAGGGCGCCAGCAGGCUGGUGUGGUGUGAGCAAGGGUAAAAGAGAAGUCAGAGAAGGAACACAGGAGCGUCAGAUCAAGGGGAGCCCCAGGGGCCACUGCAAAGACUCCUGA